UAAAAUAAGAAAUUAAAGAAAAUGAGAGAAAUAACAAAAAUAAGAAAACAGAGAAAACAGCGUUAAGUGGAAAGAAAUACAUAGAUGAGAGGAGACACAGAGAUUUAUUCAUUGGAAUUGAAUUACAGACAGAUAUACACAACGCAGAUCAGUCAUUCAUCUCUAGAUCUCAUCUAUUUCCCUUCCCGGCGGCAAUCGGAUCCUCCAAAUUCGUCGUCUACAGAUCUCCAACACCGAAUUUGCGCGGCGACGCCUUUCAACGACGAUCCAGCUCCUAGGAGGUAGGAGAAUCGAAGCUUCUAGUAAUUUUCACGACUGUUUGAACAGCUGGAUCUGGUCGAGCUUUCCCGGAGCUUCAAGACGGACCCAAUCAUGAAUCCCUUCUCCUCCGGCACCCGCCUCAGGGACAUGAUUCGUUCCAUACGUGCAUGCAAAACUGCAGCAGAAGAGCGUGCUGUAGUGAGAAAAGAGUGUGCUGCUAUUCGAGCGGCAAUCAGCGAGAAUGAUCAUGAUUAUAGGCAUCGUAAUCUCGCAAAGCUCAUGUUUAUUCACAUGCUAGGCUAUCCCACACACUUUGGUCAAAUGGAAUGCUUGAAGUUAAUUGCAUCUCCAGGAUUCCCUGAGAAAAGAAUAGGAUAUCUUGGCCUUAUGUUGCUCCUUGAUGAAAGACAAGAAGUUCUAAUGUUGGUCACCAAUUCAAUAAAACAAGAUCUUAACCACGGUAAUCAAUAUAUUGUUGGACUUGCUCUUUGUGCCCUGGGAAAUAUCUGUUCUGCAGAAAUGGCACGUGAUCUUGCCCCAGAAGUUGAAAGAUUGCUUCAGUUUAGAGAUCCAAAUAUUCGUAAAAAAGCAGCAUUAUGCUCUAUAAGGAUUAUAAAGAAAGUUCCAGAUCUCGCAGAAAAUUUUAUAAAUGCUGCAGUCUGCUUACUGAAAGAGAAGCACCAUGGAGUUCUAAUAACUGGUAUCCAGCUUUGCACAGAUCUAUGUAAAGUCAGCACAGAGGCUCUUGAACAUUUUAGAAAGAAAUGCACAGAUGGCUUAGUCAAAGUUCUAAAGGAUGUUGUGAAUAGCCCAUAUGCACCGGAGUAUGACAUAUCGGGGAUCACAGAUCCUUUUCUUCAUAUACGUUUGCUCAGGCUGUUGCGUAUUUUGGGACAAGGUGAUGCCGAUGCAAGUGAUUCUAUGAAUGACAUUCUGGCUCAGGUAGCAACAAAAACUGAAUCCAACAAGAAUGCUGGCAAUUCCAUCCUUUAUGAAUGCGUUGGAGCUAUUAUGAGUAUUGAAGAUAAUGGUGGCCUUCGUGUGCUUGCUAUCAAUAUCCUUGGGAGAUUUUUAUCCAACCGUGACAACAAUAUCAGAUAUGUGGCGUUGAACAUGCUGAUGAGAGCAGUUAUGGUAGAUAGUCAAGCAGUGCAGAGGCAUCGAGCAACAAUUAUAGAAUGUGUAAAGGAUUCAGAUCCUUCAAUCCGCAAAAGGGCCCUUGAGCUUGUCUAUCUUCUAGUCAAUGAAAGCAAUGUGAAGCCUUUGACCAAGGAACUUAUUGAAUAUCUGGAAGCGAGUGACCUGGAGUUUAGGGGAGAUCUCACUGCCAAAAUUUGCUCCAUUGUAGAGAAGUUUUACCCAGAGAAAAUUUGGUACAUUGAUCAGAUGCUCAAGGUUCUAUCUGAGGCGGGAAAUUAUGUUAAGGAUGAAGUUUGGCAUGCACUCAUUGUGGUGAUUACCAAUGCUCCCAACCUCCACGGAUAUGCAGUGCGAUCUUUAUAUAGGGUAGUGAAAACUGCAGGAGAACAGGAAAUUCUUGUUAGAGUUGCGGUUUGGUGCAUUGGAGAAUACGGGGAAAUGUUGGUUGCUAAUAAAGGAAUGCUUGAUAUAGAAGAACAUGUGACUGUAACUGAAUCAGAUGCUGUGGAUGUUGUAGUGACUGCACUCAAGAGCCAUUCCACCGACCUCACUACUCGGGCAAUGUGUCUGGUUGCUUUGUUGAAGCUGUCGAGUCGUUUUUCAUCUUGUUCUCAGAAGAUAAAUGACACAAUUGUUCACUAUAAGGGAAGUUUUGUGCUUGAACUUCAACAGAGAGCUAUUGAAUUCAAUUCUAUUAUUUCAAAGCACCAGAAUAUCAGGCCUACAUUAUUAGAAAGGAUGCCAGUCCUAGAUGAAGCAAGCUAUAGUGGAAGGAGGGCUGGCUCUGUGGCAGCAGCUGUGUCAACUUCACAAGGGCCAUCUGUUAAAGUCCCAAAUGGAGUUGCCAAGUCAGCUGCUGCUGCUGCUCCUCUUGUUGAUUUACUUGAUCUUAGCUCAGAUGAUGUUCCAGCAGCACCUAGCUCUUCUGGCGGGGACUUCCUUCAGGAUCUUCUUGGAGUUGAUUUGUCACCAGCUACUUUACAACCAGGUUCAAAUCAUGUGCAAAAAAGUGGGACCGAUGUCCUGCUGGAUCUCCUGUCAAUUGGAGCACCUCCAUCUCAAAACAGUAGUCCAUCUACUGAGCUGGUACUUAUCAAUGAAAACAACAAAAGUUCGGUAGAUCUAUUAGAUAGGUUGUCCUCACCUUCUCUACCUUUGGCACAAAACUCUUCUGUUGGAAGCUCUCCAGUAAUGGAUUUGUUGGAUGGCAUCUCUAGUCCCUCUGCUCUUGAAAACAAUGGUCCAGAAUAUCCAUCAAUUAUUGCAUUUGAGAGUAGUUCUAUAAAAUUAAUGUUCAACUUCUCAAAGCAGCCCGGAAAUCCACAAACAACAGUUGUCGAGGCUAAUUUUACAAACAAAUCAGAAAAUGUAUUCACAGACUUCAUCUUCCAGGCUGCUGUCCCAAAGUUUCUUCAACUACAUUUGGAUCCAGCCAGCAGCAACACGCUUCCUGCAACCGGCAAUGGAUCAAUUACACAGAAAUUAAGGGUCAUAAACAGCCAACAUGGCAAGAAAUCCCUUGUCAUGCGCUUAAGGAUAGGCUAUAAGAUGAAUGGCAAAGACGUUUUGGAGGAAGGACAAAUCAACAACUUCCCACGUGGCUUGUAAGGUUCAACGGCCGCAGAAGAGGGAAAUUAGCGAGAUUUUAUUAUUGUUAUUAUUAAUAUUAUUUCAUUGCGGAGAAGCAAAUGUGGUUGCCGUUUUGUAUUUUUUCAGUGCAAUUUAUUGAACUUGUUUUGCACAAUGCGGCUUUGUGGUGGUUGGGAGAGUGAGUGUGUUUCACCUGGGAAUUAUGGGGUUUCUAUCCCCUUGAAAAGUUGCCAAAUGUAGAUUAUAAGCAGAUCAAUUCAUGUAUGGCAUUGUGGGAGAGUGAAGCUUUGAGUAGGAGGAGGAUAAGGAUUUUAUAUAUACUACAGAAGACUUAGAAGGAAAUCAAUCAAAUCAUGUGUCAGCAGGUUCUUUGUUAAACAAUUUUGGGUGGCUGUAAUCUUUUCCAAUUGCCAGCUUUGGAGAGACAUUUUGGUUUAUUGGAUUUGAAAUGCACAAUUGUAAUAUAGUUGCACCAAUAGUUAUAUUGUGGACCAGCAGGUAGCAACAUGCGAUGAAAGCAUUCAUAUUUUUUCC